AUGUUGAAGAUACGACAGCUUCAAAAGGAGAAACAGAAGAACCAAGAGGGUAGUGGCCAUGUGGUCAACAAGGCUAGUCCCGCUGAGAUCCGUAUUGGCAAAGAUCUAGAGGAGCUGGUCUUACCACCCACAAUUAAAGUAGAGCACUCCCCAAACGAUAUCAAGAACUUAAAGAUCACCAUACGACCCGAUGAAGGUUACUACAGUGGAGGGGUGUUCAAGUUUGAAUGUAGCAUCAAUGAAAACUACCCAAUGGAAGCCCCUAAAAUGAAAUGUUUGAAUAAGAUUUACCAUCCAAAUAUUGACGUGGAGGGGAAUGUAUGUCUCAAUAUAUUGAGGGAGGACUGGACUCCAGUGAUCUCGUUACAGACAGUAUUCUUUGGGCUUCAAUUUUUGUUUUUGGAACCGAAUGAAACUGACCCCUUGAAUAAAGAAGCUGCCAUUGAACUUAAUAAAGAUCGCAAGAAGUUUGCCCGAAAUGUUAUGGUCAGCAUGAGAGGAGGUUAUGUGAACGGAGAGUAUUACGACAAUGUCUACAGUUGA